AUUGCGCAUGCGCAAUGAGAUGAAUGGCCGCCGCACCUGACUGCCCACCAGGAAGUGAGGCGGACAAAUCCUCGGCUUUUAAUCCCCGAAUCGGUACGGUAACCGGAGAGUAGCAUGCUCAGCGGACCGGACCUUGCAGCCUGACCGUCGGGACUGUCUCCGCUCCGGGUUCGGCCUUCUGGAGCGCGCCGCCGCUGCGCAGUGCGUGCAUGCAGCAGAGCGCACGGACCUGUCCGCGUCUCCCCCGCCUCUUCUGGCUCCAGACCCCGCUGCUGCUGAGCUGCAGCUCCGUGAGGCUCCGGGGGCUCCGGGCACGUCCACCGUGACUGCGAUGGGAUGCUGCGGCAGCGUGGAGAGGACCAAGAGAGAAUGGAGACCGCUGGAGGACCGGAGCUGCACCGACCUGCCGUGGUUCCUGCUCUUCACCGUGUUCUGCGUGGGCAUGGGCAGCAUCUGCAGCUUCACCAUCGUCACCGGCGGCGCCGCUCGCCUCGUCUUCGGAUACGACAGCUACGGCAACACGUGUGGGCAACGCAACGAGCGAAUUGAAGGCGUCCAGCUUAGCGGCCUCGACCACACCGACAGGAAGUUUGUCUUCUUCCUGGAUCCCUGUAAUGUGGACAUCGUUCAGAGGAAAAUCAAGUCCAUGGCUCUGUGUGUGUCUCUGUGUCCCACCGAGGAGCUGAAGACCUACCAGGACCUGAAGAGGUUCGCCAUGCUCAACGGUUCAGAGUUGUGUUCCUACGAUAUGGCGGGUCAUAAAUAUCCCGAUCUACCUGAGAGGGUCUCUAAAUGUCCCAAACUUCCUGUUCCACCCAGUAAGCCGUUGCCGGUGUUUAAUCGCUGCACUCCGGUGGAUAUUUCCUGUUAUGCCAAGUUUGCGGAGGCGGUUGUGACAUUUGUCGGUGAUAACAGCGUUCUGCACCGGCUGAUCGCCGGCGUUGCUGCCAGUAAAGAGAUCAUCAUCGGACUGUGUGUUCUCGCUCUGGUCCUCUCUAUGAUCCUCAUGGUGAUCAUUCGUUACAUCUCGGCCGUCCUCGUUUGGAUCCUCACCUCGCUGGUCGUCCUCGGAUCCCUUGCGGGGACCAGCGUGCUCUGGUGGCUCUACAUCGACCACCGGCUGUACGGGAACUCCACCACCAACAAGGUGCAGGAGGACGUGGAGCUCAGCAGAGACAGUGGACAGGCUCUGCUGGUCUACGCCGGCGCCGCCACCGUGUUCACCAUCAUCCUUCUGCUGUUGAUGCUGUUCAUGAGGAAACGAGUGGCUCUGACCAUCGCUCUGUUCCACGUGGCGGGGAAAGUCUUCAUCCACCUCCCCCUCCUCACCCUGCAGCCCUUCGUUACCUUCCUCGCCCUCCUGCUCUUCUGGAUCUACUGGAUCCUGGUCCUGCUCUUCCUGGGAACCAGCGGGAACCCAGUCCAGAACGAGGAGACGGGUCUGACAGAGUUCAGACUGACGGGUCCUCUGCAGUACCUCACCUGGUACCAUGCGGUGGGUUUGGUCUGGAUCACCGAGUUCAUCCUGGCCUGCCAGCAGAUGACUGUGGCCGGAGCCGUGGUCACCUACUACUUCACCAGGGACAAGAACCGGCUCCCGGUGACCCCGAUCCUGUCGUCCGUCCUGAGGCUGGUCAGGUAUCACCUGGGAACGGUCGCUAAGGGAGCCUUCAUCAUCACCCUGGUCAAGAUCCCCCGACUCUUCCUCAUGUACAUCCACAACCAGCUCAAAGGAAAGGAGAACGCGUGUUCUCGCUGCCUGCUGAAGACGUGUAUCUGCUGCCUGUGGUGUUUGGAGAAGUGCCUCAACUAUCUCAAUCAGAAUGCAUAUGCAGCCACAGCAAUCAACAGCACCAGUUUCUGCACGUCUGCACGCGACGCCUUCGUGAUCCUGGUGGAGAACGCUCUGCGCGUCGCCACAAUCAACGCAGUCGGAGACUUCGUGCUUUUCCUGGGAAAGAUUCUUAUCGUGACGACGACGGCGUUCGCCGGCGUCCUCCUCCUGAACUACCAGCGGGAUUAUGCCGAGUGGCUGCUGCCGCUGAUCAUCGUGUGUCUCUUCUCCUUCCUGGUGGCUCACUGCUUCCUGUCCAUCUUUGAGAUCGUGGUGGACGUCCUCUUCCUCUGCUUCGCCAUCGACACCAAGUACAACGACGGCACUCCUGGGAAGGAGUUCUUCAUGGAAAAAGCUCUGAUGGAGUUCGUCGAGAGCAGCCGGCGGUUGGAGCGGGCGGUGGUGCGUGGGCGGAGCCGGGUGAAGGAGUCGGUAGGGGCGGAGAUGAAGCCCAUGGCUCCGGGGACGAGUUCAGCUUGACCAAAAUCCGUCAAUGGGACUCCUUAAAAAGAAAAAAGAGACAUUCCAAAUGUUUAUUUUUACCAAUGUGUAACAUGUUUACUAUGGUUUCACUCCAGGGAAGAAAUAUUUUAAUAUAAACUGUAAAAAACGUAACAAUGUAAUGAAGCACUUUAUAUUGAAGCGCUGCAGAUUUUAAACCGGCUGAUGCAUCUUUUUUCGUAGUGAAGUCCUUUUUUAUAAAACGUCUCACCGAACUCAUCGCUCACUUCAGUACAUAACAGCUUUUUUAUAUACAACGCCACCUGGACGCCAUGUUGGAUCAGGAGCGCUGUGAUGUCACCAGAGGGGCGGAGCCUGUGGACGGGCUGGAGAGUGGGGGACCCCGGUCCUGGUGGUCCUGGUGGUCCUGGUGGUCCUGGUGGUCCUGAGUGUGAAACAUUGAUGGCUGUCGUCAGAGAAAGGAAGUGUGAUUGGCUGAUGACGCCUGUUGGAACGGUUUCAGUCUCCACGUCACAACAAACAACCCUGAGGUGAAGGUCACGUGACCGACGGCUAACCGGCUAACGGAUGCUACAGCUAGCCCGUUGCUGUUGGAAUACGAGACGUUUUCAUAUCUGUGAUCGUGUUUUACUUCCUGAUAAUCGCAGUGACGUCGAGGUCUCCUUCGUCUCUCAUUCCUGCUCACUCUUCACUUUUUUUUUUUUAACUUUUCAAAUGUUUUUGCCCAAAUCACGGCGGCGGCGUAAGAUUACCACGUCACGUCCAGGUUCUGUUAUGAAUAUGAAUAAUCGUGUCGAGUUUAAUGGUUUAAAACUAAAGUCUAACUUCUUACCUUUCUAAACAAAUAUGGUUUGAAUUAUUUGCCGAAGCUUUGAGCCGUUUCUCCUGGUCUUGAGAUCCAGUCGUGGAAGAAGAACUCCGAGGAGCUUUGUUUUGGUUCCUGUGGGUGAAAGUAGGAACCUCUCAGGGCCCCGAAGGUUUCGUGGCGACGUGGUUUGUCCGACUUCCCGUCACCAUGAAGCGUUGUCCCCUUUAACACCGGAGGAGAAGAAGAAGCGUGUGGGCGGAGCUUCCUGUGGAGUUCAGGCAGACAGCAAUAGCACAAACUGCAAAUGUGACCAACAACAACUUCAAUAAGUCUUCCUGCUUCAUCGCGUCCGACACGUCGUCUCAGACAGGAAGUGUUCACUCAUUGUCCAACAUGAGGCAACUUAUUGUCCAACACAAGGCAACUCAUUGACCAACACAAAGCAACUCAUUGUGCAACAUGAGGCAACUCAUUGUACAACAUGAGGCAACUUAUUGUCCAACACAAGGCAACUCAUUGUCCAACACGAGGCAAUUCAUUGUGCAACAUGAGGCAACUCAUUGUCCAACCGAGGCAACUCAUUGUCCAACACAAGCCAACUCAUUGACCAACACAAGGCAACUCAUUGUGCAACAUGAGGCAACUCAUUGUCCAACCGAGGCAACUCAUUGUCCAACACGAGCUAACUCAUUGUCCAACAUGAGGCAACUCAUUGUACAACACAAGGCAACUCAUUGACCAACACAAAGCAACUCAUUGACCAACACGAGGCAACUCAUUGUCCAACACGAGGCAACUCAUUGACCAACACAAAGCAACUCAUUGACCAACACGAGGCAACUCAUUGUACAACACGAGGCAACUCAUUGUCCAACACGAGCCAACUCAUUGUCCAACCGAGGCAACUCAUUGUCCAACACGAGCCAACUCAUUGUCCAACCGAGGCAACUCAUUGUACAACACGAGGCAACUCAUUGUCCAACACGAGCCAACUCAUUGUCCAACCGAGGCAACUCAUUGUCCAACACGAGCCAACUCAUUGUCCAACCGAGGCAACUCAUUGUCCAACACGAGCCAACUCAUUGUACAACACAAGGCAACUCAUUGUCCAACCGAGGCAACGUCCCGGUCUCUGAGACGCAGCUGACAGAAAGAGAAAAGACAGUAAGACUUUCUGCAAGUCAACUGGAGAUGAAGGAGUCUUGUGUUGCCCUGUUGCCUCUGCUGGUUGCCCAACAUGUUGCCUUGUUGCCCUGCAGGUUGAGGUGUGCGUCAGGCUGAAUCCAGACUUCCAGACGCCUGUUUCCACGGAGAUUAACUUGAGUUCUUCACUCGAGUUCUUCACUCGUUUCUUGAUUUGGAUGAAAACAAACUGUAAUUCAGAAGAUCGACUAACGCUCUACACCGCCCUCUGGUGGCGUUCCCAGAAUGCACUUCUUCGUCCACAGGAAGUUACACUUAGGGCUAAGUUGACCCUCUGGUGGCGUUCCCAGAAUGCACUUCUUCGUCCACAGGAAGUUACACUUAGGGCUAAGUUGACCCUCUGGUGGCGUUCCCAGAAUGCACUUCUUCGUCCACAGGAAGUUACACUUAGGGCUAAGUUGACCCUCUGGUGGCGUUCCCAGAAUGCACUUCUUCGUCCACAGGAAGUUACACUUAGGGCUAAGUUGACCCUCUGGUGGCGUUCCCAGAAUGCACUUCUUCGUCCACAGGAAGUUACACUUAGGGCUAAGUUGACCCGGUCCACUGGUUUACACUUUGACCUUUCAUGUGUCCUUUCACCCACCAAGUUAAGCUACGUCCCAUUAAACAGUAGAAGAAGAAGGAGGGGACGAGCUUAGAUCAGGACGUUGAUCAGAUGUAUUGAUAAUUGAUCAGAUGUAUUGAUAAUUGAUCAGAUGUAUUGAUGAUUGAUAAGAUGUAUUGAUGAUUGAUCAGAUGUAUUGAUGAUACCUGAGGAUUGAUCAGAUGUAUUGAUGAUACCUGAGGAUUGAUCAGAUGUAUUGAUGAUACCUGAGGAUUGAUCAGAUGUAUUGAUGAUACCUGAGGAUUGAUCAGAUGUAUUGAUGAUGUCUGAUUGAUACCUGUGAGGUGGAUGUCUUGAUUCAGAAGCCUGUUUCUCUUCUUCUUCUACAUAUGAGUAGAUGCUCCGGUCUACGCUGACGUCAGUUUAAAGAACCGUUUCAUUCGUUGGUGUUUAACCUUUAAGAAGACGUUUAUACUUAUAGCUUAUAGCUUAUAGCUUAUAGCGGUAGUUUGGAUCACGUGACGGAUUCAUGCAGGAAGUGAAAAUCUCCAUCUAACAUCAGAUUAACGUGACUGAACUGAUUGUUAUAAAAAUCACUGUCAUUAAUUAAAAAUGUC